AUGGCGACGCCUUCCAGUGUGGCCUCCUCGGCAGGCCAGCGGGACAUGGUCCAGCGAAUUCACCGUGUGACUAGAGAGAACCGCCAUCUUUGGUACCAGUUGACGGUUCUGCAGCAGCCGGAGCGAGCUCGGGCUUGUGGUUCGGGCAUGAAAGCUAACAGCGACCGACGACCCGUUGAUCCACCACCUGUUGUUGAACUUCGCAUCAUCGAAGGUCACUCUGUUGAAGAAGGCAAGGACAUCACUUUCGACUACAACGCCAAUUUCUUCCUUUAUGCGAGCUUGGAGCAGGCCCGUCCCAUUGCCCAUGGCCGUGUCCAAAAUGGAGCCACUAACAACCCUCCCAUCCUGACUGGCGUUCCUGCAUCUGGUAUGGCCUAUCUCGACCGACCUACUGAGGCUGGAUACUUCAUCUUCCCCGAUCUCUCCGUCCGACACGAGGGUUACUUCCGCCUCUCCUUCAGCUUGUUCGAGACGACCAAGGAGGCCAAGGACUUUGAUCUGGAGCCCUCCGAUUCCGAUCUUCCCCCCGGUGUUGACUGGAGAAUGGAAAUCAAGACGCAGCCCUUCAACGUCUUCAGCGCCAAGAAAUUCCCUGGACUGAUGGAGAGCACUCCCCUCAGCAAGACCGUUGCCGACCAAGGAUGCCGAGUCCGUAUCCGCCGUGAUGUACGUAUGAGGAAGCGUGACGGCAAGGGCAGCGGCUAUGAUCGACGCGAAGAAGAGUAUGCUCGGCGUCGGACCGUCACGCCGGCUCCCGCCGAGGAUCCUCACGGCUUGCGGGCCAGAUCCGUCAGUAACGCGAGCGAGCACCGUGCGCCCUACAUGCCACAAGAGCCAUCACGAAGACCAUCUGCUGCUGAAAGCUACCAUGCUCCCUCAUUGCACCCGCCUCCUCCACCUCCCUCUUACGACGCACCACCGCCAUCUGCUCGUCCUGGCCAUCUUGCAUUCGGCGACUCAGCAGUGCCGCAAUAUGGAGCGCCCGCUCCUCCUCGCCCAUAUGCCCAUCCGCAAAGCGCUCCGAUCCCUCCUGCCACGCCUACUGGGCCAUAUCCAGCAGCAGCUUCACCAUCUCCGUAUGCCAAGACAGACUCGCAGCCGUACAAAUACAGUGCUCGACAUCCGGCGCCUAGCCCAUCGCCAAUUCCGCCCAUGAGGCACGCCAUUUACGACAGUCGGCCCUCAGAGCCAUACUCAUCGACUGAGAGGCGGCCUUCGCAUGCUCCUUACCAUCCUUCCGGGCCGGUGGCACCGUACUCUGCACCCUCUCUUCCGCCACUGCCUAGACGCGAGUCGUCGACUCAUUCAUCCUUGGCGCCCCUCAGGAUUGCUUCUUUGGUGUCGCCCCUCCCGCCUAUCGAGGCCCAGACGGAGCCUCUUCCCCCUCCACCGAUCAUGUCGACAGGCGGCAAGAGAAAGCAUGACUACGUCUUCUCCCAGAGCACUAAGCCGCUGUACAAUGGCCAGCGGCAACUUGAUGCUCACUUUAGUCACGGCUAUCGUGGAGUCACCCCCGAGCCUGAUCAGGGAGUCUACUCUAGAGCCGACGGUCAUAUCGGCGUCGUUACUUUCAACCAGUACCAGGUAUAA